AUGAAAGUACCAUCCUGAAGGACAGCCAUUUUGCCCACUUGUAAAAGAGCCACCUUUUCCCAUGAGUUGGAGCCUAAUGAUCAUCAUGCCUAGGGUUCAUAACAUAAUAAAGUCUCUUACAUCUCAGAUCUCUUGUUUGACAAGUGACUCUGAUAAACUGCUGGAUUUUUUGCCUGACAGACUAAGAGCAAAGCUGCUUCCAUUCCAGAAAGAUGGCAUCAUUUUUGCUCUCCAAAGAAAUGGCAGGUGUAUGGUGGCUGAUGAAAUGGGUCUAGGAAAGACAAUCCAGGCAAUUGCAGUUGCUUACUUCUAUAAAGAGGAAUGGCCUCUGUUAAUAGUGGUCCCCUCAUCUCUGAGGUACCCUUGGACAGAAGAAAUUGAGAAAUGGAUCCCAGAGCUAAGUCCAGAAGAAAUCAAUGUUAUUCAGAAUAAAACUGAUGUUAGGAGAAUAUCAACCAGUAAAGUGACAGUUCUGGGUUAUGGUCUCUUAACCACGGAUGCAGAGACUUUGAUAGAUGCACUGAAUAAUCAGAAGUUCAAAGUAGUUAUAGUGGAUGAAUCACACUACAUGAAAUCCAGAAAUGCAACUCGAAGCAAGAUUUUAUUGCCAGUAGUACAGAAAGCCAGACGAGCCAUUCUUCUUACAGGAACACCAGCUUUAGGAAGGCCUGAAGAGCUUUUCAUGCAGAUUGAAGCUCUCUUUCCACAAAAAUUUGGAAGUUGGACCGACUAUGCAAAAAGAUACUGUAAUGCGCACAUCAGAUAUUUUGGUAAAAGACCUCAGUGGGAUUGUAGAGGGGCAUCAAAUCUUAAGGAACUUCACCAGCUAUUAAGUGACAUAAUGAUUAGAAGAUUAAAGACUGAAGUUUUAACCCAGCUGCCCCCUAAAAUCAGACAGCGUAUUCCGUUUGAUCUUCUAUCAGCAGCAGCCAAGGAGUUGAAUACCAGCUUUGAAGAGUGGAAAAAAUUAAUGAGAACGCCAAAUUCAAGUGCCAUGGAGAUAGUCAUGGGGUUGAUAACUCGCAUGUUUAAACAAACUGCUAUUGCCAAGGCAGGUGCUGUAAAGGAUUAUAUUAAGAUGAUGCUUCAGAAUGAUUCGCUUAAAUUUCUGGUUUUUGCUCACCAUUUAAGCAUGCUCCAAGCUUGCACAGAAGCAGUCAUCAAAAAUAAGACUCGUUACAUUAGGAUAGAUGGAAGUGUUUCAUCUUCAGAAAGAAUACAUCUGGUUAAUCAGCUUCAAAAGGAUCCUGACACUCGUGUGGCUAUCCUAAGCAUUCAGGCUGCUGGCCAGGGAUUAACAUUUACUGCAGCAAGUCAUGUUGUUUUUGCUGAGUUGUAUUGGGACCCUGGACAUAUAAAACAAGCAGAAGACCGAGCUCACAGAAUUGGCCAGUGCAGUUCUGUGAAUAUUCACUACCUUAUUGCAAAUGGAACUCUAGACACCCUUAUGUGGGGAAUGUUGAAUCACAAGGCUCAAGUUACAGGGAGCACACUGAAUGGUAGGAAGGAAAAAAUUCAGGCUGAGGAAGAUGAUAAGGAAAAAUGGGAUUUCCUGCAGUUUGCUGAAGCUCGGACUCCAAAUGACAGUUCUGAAGAGUUAAGGAAGGAAGCUUUGUUCAGUCAUUUUGAAAAAGAAAAACAACAUGAUAUUCGAUCAUUUCUUUUACCACAACCUAAAAAAAGACAGUUGAUGACCUCCUGUUAUAAAUCAAAGAAUUUCCAGGAGGAAAAUACUAUAGUGUCAUCAGAACCUACAAAAAUAGCUGCAAGAGAUAUCAUCGAUUAUGAAAGUGAUGUUGAACCUGAAACUAAAAGAUUGAAAUUGGUUACCACGGACGACCACUACAGUCCCUCAGAAGAAACACCAUCUCAGUCCAGACAAAUCAGAACUCCACUCAUGGAAAGUGUCCAGGAGACCAAGGCCCAGUCAACCACCCCAACCUUUCCUGUAGAGGGCUGGCAUUGUAGUUUCUGCACCUAUAUCAAUAAUUCAGUGUUACGUUAUUGUGAAAUGUGUGAGAAUCCUCAAGGCAGUGCUGAUCGCCUCAACCAUAUCCAGGAUAAAAACAAAAAUGAGAAGCACGAUUCUCUGAAAGAUACCUCUGAAGUUCAAACUAUCUUAGACUGUGAAAAACAAGUCCUUGAACAGUCAGAACCUGACCAGUUGGCUGACAGCAGGGAAGAAACAUUAAAAAUUGAGAAAGAAGACAGACUUACACCCCAGCCAGGUAAUGAACAGUUGAAGAGUUCAGACACUUUGCCAGUGUAUGACACCUUAAUGUUUUGUGCAAGUAGGAAUACUGACCGGAUUCACCUCUAUACUAAGGAUGGAAAACAGAUGAGCUGUAAUUUCAUUCCUCCAGAUAUAAAAUUAGACCUUUGGGAAGAUUUACCAGCAAGCUUUCAGCUGAAACAAAAUCGCUCUCUGAUAUACAUAACCAAAGAAGAUGUUGCUAUAGCUUCAGUGGACAAAGUGAGGAAUGCUGGGGGCCAUGUUCGUCUGAUCACAAAGGAGUCCAGACCAUGGGAUCCUUUUACAAACUUUCUUGAAGAUGGAGCCUGUGUCCCAUUUCUAAGUCCAGACACAGUCCAGGCUGAUCCCACUGGGAAGGCUUCUACAUCCAAAGGCUAUUUACAAGCUGUGGAUAAUGAAGGAAAUCCACUUUGCCUUCACUGUCAGCAACCCACUUGCCAAACUAAGCAAGCGUGUAAAGCAAACGCUUGGGAUUCAUGGUUUUGCUCUCUGAAAUGUCAGGAAGAGUUUUGGAUUCGAUCUAAUAACAGUUACCUGCGAGCCAAAGUAUUUGAAACUGAACAUGGUGUGUAUCAGCUCUGUAAUGUGAAUGCACAAGAACUCUUUUUACGUCUGAGGGAUGCCCCUAAAAGUCAGAGGAAAAAUCUUCUGGAUGCUACCUGGACUUCAAAGCUCCCAUUAGAACAGCUAAAUGAAAUGAUAAGAAACCCAGGGGAAGGACAUUUCUGGCAGGUGGAUCACAUCAAGCCAGUGUACAGGGGAGGAGGACAGUGUUCCCUGGACAACCUGCAGACUCUCUGCACAGUCUGUCAUAAAGAGUGAACUGCCAGACAAGCUAAGGAAAGAAGCGAGGUGAGAAGACAAUCUCUAGCAUCAAAGCAUGGAUCAGACAUCACAUGAUUUUUGGUAAAGAAGUAA